AUGUCGAACGGCGUCCCUACGAACGGCGACUCGGCCGAGACGCACACCGCGUCACAACGCUAUCUUAGCACCCGGGGCGAGGACACCGGUUUCUCCUUUGAAGAGGUCGUCCUCAAGGGCCUCGCCAACGACGGCGGUCUCUACAUCCCCGAGCAGGUCCCUACCGCCGAGGGCUGGGAAACCUGGAAGGAUCUCUCCUUUGUCGACCUGGCCUUCAACAUCCUGUCGCUCUACAUCUCCCCCGCCGAGAUCCCCGCCGACGACCUCAAGGACAUCAUCCGCCGCAGCUAUGCCACCUUCCGCGCCGACGACGUGACCCCGCUGGUCCACCUCCAGGACAACAUCCACUUGCUCGAGCUCUUCCACGGGCCGACGUUUGCGUUUAAGGAUGUUGCCUUGCAGUUCCUUGGGAAUUUGUUCGAGUACUUUUUGGUGCGCCGGAACGAGGGCAAGACUGGACGGGACAGGUAUCAUCUCACGGUUGUUGGUGCGACGAGUGGUGAUACCGGCUCGGCGGCUAUCUAUGGGCUGCGGGGGAAGAAGGAUGUUUCCGUUUUCAUGCUGCACCCCAAGGGCCGCGUGAGCCCCAUCCAGGAACUCCAGAUGACCACUGUGCUGGACCCCAAUGUCCACAACCUGGCUGUGGAGGGCAAUUUUGAUAACUGCCAGGACAUCGUAAAAGCCCUCUUCGCCGACCCCGAAAUCAACAAGACGCACAAGCUCGGCGCCGUCAACUCCAUCAACUGGGCUCGCAUCCUGGCCCAAACCGUGUACUACUUCUACUCCUACUUCACUCUCGCCCGUCAGCAGGGCGACUCCUUUACCGUCGGCGACAAGGUCCGCUUCGCCGUGCCCUCAGGCAACUUCGGCGACAUCCUGGCCGGCUACUUCGCCUUCCGCAUGGGCCUGCCCGUCGAUAAGCUCGUCAUAGCCACCAACGAGAACGACAUCCUCGACCGGUUCUGGAAAACCGGCCGGUACGAGAAAAAGCCUACCUACGGCCAAGCCGCACAAGGCGGCCUCCCCGCCGACGGCGUCAAGGCCCACGAAGAUGGCGUCAAAGAAACCCUCUCUCCGGCCAUGGACAUCCUCGUAUCCUCCAACUUUGAGCGUCUCCUCUGGUUCCUCGCCUACGAGUUCGCUUCUGACGCGGGUAUGGACGACGAGUGGAACAAGAGGCAGGCCGGCCAGGAAGUCGCCGCCUGGCUGGGGGAUCUCAAGACCAAAGGCGGGUUUGGCCCUGUCUACCGCGGCGUGCUGGACGCUGCGCGUCGGACGUUUGAGAGUGAGCGGGUCAGCGAUCCGCAGACGAUUGAUACCAUCCGCUCGGUCUACCAGGCUGUUGGGUACGUGCUGGAUCCGCAUACCGCGGUGGGCGUUGAGGCUGCGCGUCACCAAGAACAACAAAAUAAACCCCAAAGCACCCUCCCCAUCAUCUCCCUCUCCACAGCGCAUCCCGCCAAGUUCGCCGGCGCCGUCACGCUUGCCCUGCAGGACGAGCCCGGGUUUGAGUUCGAUGCCAAGGUGCUCCCGGCAGAGUUUGUCGGGCUGGAGCAGCGGGAGAAGCGCGUGCGGGAUGUGGAGAAUGCGUGGACUGCUGUGCGGGAGGUGGUGAGGAAGGAGGUGGAGGUUGAGUUGGCUAGUAAGGAGUAUUAA